CUCUAGCUCUCGACGAAAAGACUCAAUGUCCUCUCGCAAUUCAGCGGCGUACUGUUGGUGCACCGCAACAGAUCCAGUGUGAUUGAACAGUCGUGGGACCUGAUACGACAGCGCAUCUUGGAUGCGCGUGUGCAACUUGCCCAGUUUGACCAAAGUUUCAUCAUGCAGUGGAUCUGAGAUGGGUGGCAUCGUGAUGACACUGAACACGGAUCGCUCCGUCGCGCCUAUCGUAAAUCAACUUGGAAUUCGGAGCGGUACAUCGCGACCGCAUUCUCAUCCCCAAUUGCGCCUAAACGGCCUGCUUAAUCGAGGGGGCACCGCAUUUUAGAGAAGCCUGUGCAACGAGUGCUAGGCGCAUGUUCCACGUUUAAUCAGCGUUUGCUCCUUGACAAAGAUACAUCUUAACUGGAGUCAUCUAUCCCUCGCGCAAGACUUCACCCUUCUCAACAUGUCUGGGUCUAACCAGGAUACUCCACCCUACGACUUUUCGGGCAAAUUUUCGGUCCGGAUUGGGCUCUUUGUCAUCUUCGAGACAGCAUGUAUAUCGUUCCUAACGAGUUCCUGGCUCCUCUUCAGCACCGCAUCACGCAUCAUUCGCUCGUACCGCCAGUAUGGCGGGGUGCUCCCAGACAAGUCAUACAUACAACCUACCAGUGUGCUUUUUCUCUACUUGUUAUUUGCAAAUGCUUGUCAAGCGUUAGGAUCGGCCCUCAGUCUACGAUGGUCCAUUGAGGGCAGAGUACAUCCCGGCGCAUACUGCACGACACAAGGUAUUCUCACUCAAAUGGGAGACACAGGAUCAGCGCUCAUUACCAGCAUCAUCGCCAUGGUAAUGAUCAUCUACACCCUUUCGCCACCCAGAUCCCAUACAAAGAGGGAGCGGAAUCUGAGUUAUGCUGUCGGGCUGGCAAUAAUCGUCUUCCUCGCUUUACUUAUCAGCAUCCCAUCAGCAAUGAUUCCAAAUUACUAUGGUAGCAACGAUCUUUGGUGCUGGAUCAGCGGCGAAAAGCCUGUGACGCGUCGGUUACGGAUUGGAGCCGAAACUGCAUGGAUAUGGUUUGGACUAGGGAUAUGUACGACAUGCUGUUUAUGUGCUGUUUUAAAUCGCGCCAAAACCGCAAAGGUCGAGCCUAUGGAUAGUCCGCUCGAUAGUCAACGCCCAAAUAGCGCGACUUUUACAUUCCCCGCAGCAUAUGCUAUCCUCGUACUUCCUACAGUUGUAGUUCGCGCCAUUGAUCAUUUCCCUAUUGCUUCGCACCAUCCCACAGCGGUGCGACAUGGGUGGGCGAUCCUCGCUCAAUGGGUCCUCGCCUCAUCGGGAGCUACAAAUGUCUUGUUAUGGCUGACUUUCGGGCGUCAGUUUGGACUGACACCGACCUCCGCGUUAUCACACAAUGCUACAUUCGCUUCCAAAUCGAGGCUGCAGCCCACGUCUACAAGAUACACGGACAUGACGCUCGAUAUUGGCCAGAGAUUGCAAGAAUUGAUACCUCAAGGACCCCAACUCGAUGGACUGGACUCCAACUCCGCUGAAUGGGACCCAUACAAUCAUCCCGAGAGGAUUCAGCCAACUGCCAUUUGAUCUUAUUGUAUGCCCUGGUAACGUCGGGGUGUUCGAGCCUAUGUACAUAUUUAUUACGGGAUGUACAAGUGAAGUGUCCAUAUUCAUUCAUUCCGUGGUACCCAAAAAAGAGAACAUAGGUGUACAAGGAAUAGUUACGAGAAACCCGCUGCUGUUCGGGUUCUCUUGCGAUAUUCCUCCUCCUCUCCCUGUGCUACCUUCUCACUGAGGGUGGGAUAAGCAUCGCGGUUCUCCCAAGCUAGUCGUAAUUGAUCCAAGACCCAUGCCCGAUUGGCAGGGUGUGGCG